AUGCAGCCACUUAGUUUCUACACAAGGUACAAUUCUACACAGAAAUAUAAAUUCACAACUUUCACAGACUAUAUUUACGACUGUUAUCAACUGUACUGUUACGACUUUCUUAAACUCUACAUUUAUGACUUUUCAACUGUACAUUCACGACUUUUCUACACUGUACAUUUAUACUUUCUUCAACUGUGCAUUUAUGACUUUCCUCGGCAGUACAUUUAUGACUUUCUUCAACUGUACAUUUACGACU